AUGGUUUAUCAAAACAUAAUUUACAAUAAUGAAGGAUUACUUGGAAGGUUUCUUCACAUAACUGAUAUUCAUCUUGACCCAUAUUACCUUGAAUCAAGCGAUCCAACUUCUUUUUGCCAUCGUUAUUCCCGGAACCAAGUGUUAAACAUUGCUGGAAAAUUCGGUAUUCUAUCGGCUCCAUGUGAUUCACCUUACCAUUUGACGAAUUCUACUUUUGAGUUUAUACGUUCGAACUUCAGCGACGUAGACUUUAUCGUAUAUACUGGUGAUAGUGUUAGGCAUGAUAAAGAUUCUAAAGUUUUUAAACGAACCGAAGAUCAAGUUUUAGAUAUUCAUAAAAGAGUAGUGGAAAAUAUUCAAAAUUACCUCAAUCUAUCAAAAAUUAAAUUUAUACCAACACUUGGAAAUAAUGAUGAAUUUGAGCAUAAUCGAUUACCCGAAGGACCGAACGACUUGUUGAGCAAUUUAACUAAAAUAUGGGCUCCUUUAAAUCUGAACUUAACUUCUGACUUUCUAAAAGGAGGAUACUACCGUCAAGAUAUUCAUUCAAAACUCUCCGUACUUAGUCUUAAUUCCAUGUAUUUUUACAAAAAGAACAAACUAGUAUCUGACUGUAAUAUAACAGAUAGUCCCGGUGCAUCACAAUUGGAAUGGCUUGAACGUGAAUUAAAGAAUGCACGCGGUGAAAGACGAAAGAUUUAUAUUUCACAACAUGUUCCUCCACUGGAUGAGUCUAAUGAGGAAUCUUAUUUCCCAGCGUGCUUUUAUGCAUAUAUACAGCUACUUGGAAAAUAUUCGGAUGUCAUUUGUGGUCACUUCACAGGACACACGGAUCAAGAUAUGUUAUCGUUUGUUACUAGCACCAGUAAAAGUGAGAAUGCAUAUUCAAUAUUUCUCCUAGAUGAACCACCCAUUUCAAAUACAAUUUCUGCUGAAGAUAUUGUAUUGGUUUUAACAAAUGCUCCAUCAAUAAAACCAACUCAUAAUCCAGCAGUACGACUAUAUGAAUAUUCAACCUCAGUUUGGGAUUUUGGUGCUUUAAAAGAUUAUACACAAUAUUUUGUAAAUCUAACGGAAGCAAAUAAGAUUCGUGUGGCUAGAUGGGAAAUUGAAUAUAUAGCUAGUGAAACUUAUGGAAUGAAUUCUUUGAAAACAAAAGAUUGGACCAGAGUUUUAAACAAAUUUAAAAUACCUGAUAGUGAUGUUUGGAGGUCAUAUGUUAAACAUAUAACAGUUAGUGGUCCUUAA